UUACAAAUUACAAUGUUCAGAGGAAAAGCUGGCCAGACGAGAAAAGUAGAGGAAAGGAGACGCUGGUGAUGGGGUUAGGAAAAAGUGGGACUCCUCCCCACCACCAUUGCUAUUAUCCAGCUCAUUUCUAAGGAUUCGGUUUCUGCCAUUUCUGAGAGCUGCUUGAGGCCGAGUGAACGUGGUUUUGAAAGAUUGCUUAAACAAAGAAUGGAGGCCAGAGUGGUGCACGCAUUGCAGAAAAGGCAAGUGUUACUUCUUUGUGUGUUUCUGGGAGUGUCUUGGGCUGGCGCAGAACCUCUUCGGUAUUUUGUGGCAGAGGAAACGGAGAGAGGGACCUUUCUGGCCAACCUAGCAAUUGAUCUGGGGUUAGGGGCAGGGGAACUGUCAGCUCGGGGAUCUAGAAUUGUUUCAGAUGAGACCACAGGAUUUUUACUCCUCAAUCCGCUUACUGGUGAUUUACUUCUAAAUGAGAAAUUAGACCGGGAGGAACUGUGUGGCCCCACAGAGCCAUGUGUGUUGCCUUUCCAGUUGUUACUUGAAAAGCCUUUUCAGAUUUUCCGUGCUGAACUAUGGGUCAGAGACAUCAACGAUCAUUCUCCAGUAUUUCUAGAUAGAGAGAUUACCUUGAACAUAUUAGAAAGUACCACUCCAGGGGCAACAUUUCUCCUAGAAAGUGCACAGGAUUCAGAUGUUGGAAUCAACAACCUGAGAAACUACACCGUCAGCUCCAAUGUUUAUUUCCAUAUUAAUGUCCAUGAUGAUGGGGAAGGGAAUGUUUAUUCCGAAUUGGUACUGGAUAAAGUGCUGGAUCGUGAAGAGGUUCCUGAGCUGCGUUUAACCCUCACCGCCUUGGAUGGCGGCUCUCCGCCCAGAUCCGGAACCACCCUCAUACACAUCCUGGUUUUGGACAUAAAUGACAACAUCCCUGAAUUUGUAGAGUCGCUUUACAAGGUCCAGGUGCCUGAGAACAGCCCUGUUGGUUCCCUGAUUGUCACUGUGUCAGCUAGAGAUUUAGAUACUGGAAGUAAUGGAGAAAUCGUCUAUGCAUUUUUUUAUGCUACUGAAAGGACUCUCAAAACGUUUCGAAUCAAUUCAACAUCUGGCAAUCUUCAUCUUAAAGCCGAAUUGAACUAUGAGGCAAUACAAACUUAUACAUUAACUAUUCAGGCCAAAGAUGGUGGAGGGCUUUCUGGAAAAUGUACUGUGGUGGUCCAUGUAACAGAUAUAAACGAUAAUCCACCAGAACUGCUCAUGUCAUCACUUACUAGCCCAAUCGCAGAAAACUCACCAGAGACAGUAGUCGCUGUUUUUAGGAUUAGAGACAGAGAUUCAGGGAACAAUGCAAAGAUGGUGUGCUCCAUCCAAGACCAUCUCCCCUUUGUCCUGAAGCCAUCAGUAGAGAAUUUCUACACCUUGGUAACAGAGAGACCCCUCGACAGAGAGAGCCAGGCCGAGUACAACAUCACCAUCACCGUCACCGACCUGGGGACCCCCAGGCUGAAAACCCAGCACAACCUCACGGUGACCGUGUCCGACGUCAACGACAACGCCCCGACCUUCAGCCAGACGACCUACACCCUGCGCGUCCGCGAGAACAACAGCCCCGCCCUGCACAUCGGCAGCGUGAGCGCCACCGACAGAGACUCGGGCGCCAACGCCCAGGUCACCUACUCGCUGCUGCCGCCCCACGACCCGCAGCUGCCGCUGGGCUCGCUGGUGUCCAUCAACGCGGACAACGGGCAGCUGUUUGCGCUCAGGUCGCUGGAUUUCGAGGCGCUGCAGGCGUUCGAGUUCCGCGUGGGCGCGGCGGACCGCGGCUCGCCGGCGCUCAGCAGCCAGGCGCUGGUGCGCGUGCUGGUGGCGGACGCCAACGACAACGCGCCGUUCGUGCUGUACCCGCUGCAGAACGGCUCGGCGCCCUGCACCGAGCUGGUGCCGCGGGCGGCCGAGGCGGGCUACCUGGUGGCCAAGGUGGUGGCGGUGGACGGCGACUCGGGCCAGAACGCCUGGCUGUCGUACCAGCUGCUCAAGGCCACGGAGCCCGGGCUGUUCGGCGUGUGGGCGCACAACGGCGAGGUGCGCACGGCGCGGCCGCUGAGCGAGCGCGACGCCGUCAAGCACAGGCUGCUGGUGCUGGUCCGGGACCACGGCGAGCCGCCGCUGUCGGCCAGCGUCACGCUGCACGUGCUGCUGGUGGACGGCUUCUCGCAGCCCUACCUGCCGCUGCCGGACGCGGCGGCGGCCGAGGCCCGCGCCGACCCGCUCACCGUCUACCUGGUGGUGGCCUUGGCGUCCGUGUCGUCGCUCUUCCUGUUCUCGGUGCUGGUGUUCGUGGCGGUGCGGCUGUGCAGGAGGAGGCGGGCGGCGUCGGGGGGCGGCUGCUCGGUGCCCGAGGGUCCGUUUCCGGGCCACCUGGUGGACGUCAGCGGCGCGGGGACCCUGUCCCACAGCUACCAGUAUGAGGUGUGUCUGAGGGGAGGCUCUGGGACCGGUGAAUUCAAGUUCCUCAAACCCAUUAUCCCUAAUCUGCAGUUUCAGAGCAUAGGAAGGGAAGUGGAAGAAUAUCCGUCACGUCAGAAUGAUUUGGGUUUCUGAUAAAGGAUGAAAAAUAAAUGCCCGUAUUGUGUCUUUAAGUAUAUUUUAAUUAUGAAAUUCAUCCUGAGUUACCUGUACAGAAUUGCUUUCAUAUUAUUUCUAACAUCGUUAAAGCCCUAGAACAGUUUUUUUCGCAGAGAAACGGAUCCUGCCUUAGCCCUAGGAAGCUUCCACAAAGCAUGGAAUGUAUGCUUUGUAGUUUAUCUCAAACAGUUAUGCAUUGUUUGCAAUGUAUUACAUGAUAAAUAUUGUUUGAGAUCUUUUAAGUUGGUUUUGUCUUUAAAGUUUAUUGCUACUCAUUUUUUUUUUUUUUUUUUUUUUUAGUUGGAAUGCUGUACUAUACCUAUUCUUAGUUUUUAGAACCAUAGGUUGUUAGGAUGCCUGGGUGGCUCAGUUGGUUAAGCGUUUGCCUUUGGCUCAGGUCAUGAUCCCAGGGUCCUGGAAUUGAGCCUGGAAUUGGGCUCCUUGCUUAGUGGGGAGCCUGCUUCUCUCUCUGCCUGCCGUUUCCCCUGCUUGAGUUCCCAGACAAAUAAUUUUUAAAAAAUCUUUUAAAAAUAGAAGUAUAGUUUGUAAAGUAUCUUUUAAAGCUUUUAAAGCUUUUUAAAAAGCACUUUUGUGCAUCAUACACUGUUAACUCUUUUAAUCCUAGAAGUAAACCUAUGGGGUAUUUUUAGAAACAAGCAAAUAGGGGCACCUGGGUGGCUGAGUGGGUUAAAACCUCUGCCUUCAGCCCAGGUAAUGAUCCCAGGGUCCUGGAAUCAAGCCCCACAUCGGGCUCUCUGCUCAUCGGGGAGCCUGCUUCCUCCUCUCUCCCUCUCUCUCUGCCUGCCUCUCUGCCUACUUGUGAUCUCUGUCUGUCAAGUAAAUAAAUAAAAUCUUUAAAAAAAAAUAAAAAAGAAAAAAAAAGAAAUGAACAAAUAGACUUCUAUGGAGAGGUCCAGUGAAUUCAUUAGGGUCACCAACUAAUAAAUGGUAGAGCUAAGCAACUCUCCUAGAUCUGUCUGACUCUGAGAACUUGCUAUGAUGCUAUAUUGUUUUCUGUCAUUAGAUAUUACCUGGCAAGUUUCUUCCUGAUUAAGGAGAGGAAAUCUUAUCACGUUAAUAUUCCUGCUCAGUCUUUCCUGCUUUUGAAAUAAUAAUGUAUAUAGUGGUCUGUAGUUAUAUGUUAUUAUAAACCAACAACCCACCUUUUCUGGAUCCAUUAUUCAACUAUUAGUAUUAAAUCUGUGAUCUGACCAAAACUAAAGUAAGAAGCUAUUGGAAGAUCAAUCUGUGCUUUCUCCUUGUUAUAUGAACACAUGACCUUCAUUUCACAGAAAAUUUAAUGGUCCUUAUUAGAAACAAUACAUAAUUUUGAUUGCUUUAUUAGUUUAUUUUUUUCUCACAUUGCAGUAAUUCUACAGUGGACCCUACCUACUAUUAAAAUAUACUUUCCUUCCUUAAUUGUAAAGUUUAUCUUUAAAAACUUUCCUAUUCAAUAUACUGCAGUGCUGAAUCAGGAAGGUAUAAGAAAAGAAUAGUUUAAAUAUGUCAUAUUAAAGAAACAAAUUAUCAAAUUGCUUAGAGAUUCUGAAGAGUUAAGGAGAAGCUUUGUUUGUUAUAAUAAUCUGUCACUGCUUUUUCUUUAACAGUUAUCCAAAUAGUUUUUAUAUAACUGUAUUCUGAAUGUAUUAUAAGUAAAGUACUGGUAACUCUUAAAAUAGUACUACUACUGUGAAUUACUAUUGGGAUAUAGUCUCAGGGCAAAAGAAAAAACCCUCAUAGUAAAAUCUUAAAGUAAAAUCUUAAAUUGUUUUCAUAGUGUCAAGAUAAAAUUAUCCAGUUUUUCCAAUAAAUCAAUGAAAGGGGAAAAGUGAGGAGGGAAUUUUACACGAUGAAAGAAAUUAAGACACAUACUAAGCAAAUGCAAUGCUUGGUGGUUCUUGUUUGGGUCUUUAUUCAAACAACCAUAACAACUUUGAAAGAACUGGAGAAAUUUGAAUCUAGGUGGAUAUUAAAUAAUGUUAACCUAAUUUCUUGGUUUGGGGAAUGACAUUGUAGUUGGGAUUUUAAAUCAUUAAAAGUUGGAGAUGUAUAAUGAA